CUGUGAAAGUCAUUUUAUUCUGGAAGAAAUGAAGCACCAAAAUUGUAACAGUCUUUCAAUAACGUCAAACAGAAUCAUCCAAAGGGCUCCUGGAACAAUCGAGGCUAGAACGAUCUUGGUCAGUAAGUCCUGCGGACUUGAGAGCAACCUUUCCUCCCACUACCGGUUGGGGAGCCCCGAUGUCGUCUCCCGCAGAGCGCCACUUGGCCUGGCCUGCGCUUUACCUUUAUUUCCGCCCGCAGAAUCCUCCAGGCUCUUCCCGCCAAGGCUCGCGUUUCCGCUGAGGCGUCUGAGCGUAAGCGGACUGCGCAUGUGCAGGGCCCGGCCGGUCUAGAGCUUCUCGGUGUCUCUCCGGACCUCGAGCCAUGGCGGUGACGGAAGCGAGCCUGUUGCGCCAGUUCCCGCUGCUUCUGCCCCAGAACAGGUCGAAAACCGUGUAUGAGGGAUUCAUCUCAGCUCAGGGAAGAGACUUCCAUCUUAGAAUAAUGUUGCCUGAAGAUUUACAACUGAAGAAUGCAAGAUUAUUAUGCAGUUGGCAGCUGAGAACAAUACUUAAUGGAUACCAUCAAAUAGUACAACAGAGAAUGCGGCACUCUCUUGAUCUAAUGAGCUUUAUGAUGGAGUUGAAGAUGCUUUUGGAAGUUGCUUUAAAGAAUAGACAAGAACUAUAUGCACUACCUCCUCCUCCCCAGUUCUACUCAAGCCUUAUUGGAGAGAUAGGAACUCUUGGUUGGGAUAAACUUGUAUAUGUGGAUACUUCCUUCAAAACCAUCAAGUUAAAAGCAGAAGAUGCUUCUGGUAGAAAGCAUUUAAUCACUCUCAAGUUGAAGGCAAAGUAUCCUGCAGAAUCACCAGAUUGUUUUGUGGAUUUUCCUGUUUCAUUUUCUGCUUCCUGGACACCUCAGGUAAAUUCUUCUCAGAGCUCCUUAAUAAGCAUUUACAGUCAGUUUUUGGCAGCAUUAGAAUCACUAAAGGCAUUCUGGGAUGUUAUGGAUGAAAUCGAUGAGAAGACCUGGGUACUUGAGCCAGAAAAACCUCCACGGAGUGCAACAACACGCAGAAUUGCAUUAGGGAAUAAUGUUUCCAUAAAUAUAGAGGUAGACCCGAAGCAUCCUACUAUGCUUCCUGAGUGCUUGUUUCUUGGAGCUGACCAUGUGGUAAAACCCCUGGGAAUUAAGCUGAGCAGGAACAUACACUUGUGGGAUCCAGAAAAUAGUGUGUUACAAAAUUUGAAAGAUGUUUUAGAAAUUGAUUUUCCAGCUCGUGCUAUCCUGGAAAAAUCUGAUUUUACUAUGGAUUGUGGAAUUUGUUAUGCUUAUCAACUUGAUGGUGCCAUUCCUGAUCAAGUGUGUGAUAAUUCCCAGUGUGGACAACCUUUCCAUCAAAUGUGCUUAUAUGAGUGGCUGAGAGGACUACCAACUAGUAGACAAAGUUUUAACAUCAUAUUUGGUGAAUGUCCAUAUUGUAGUAAGCCAAUUACCUUAAAAAUGUCUGGGAAGAAACACUGAAAUAAGGAGAUAACAUUUUGUGAGGAGCUGGAAACUUAAAAGGACUUUCAAUAUCUUCAGAGAAAAUAUAAAGCAAGACAUACUAAGAUCAAAAGGACAAGUAUGAUGAUGCCAUAAUAAUGAACAUCUGCCUUUGUCUCUUCACUAAGAGUAAACUGGGAAACUGUAGACGAAAGUCCUGUUGAACUUUCUAAGUCUGUGAUACCUGGACUGACUGUGGAAGUGUAUUUAUAAUACCAAGAAGAAUAUCUUGACUUCUUGAAUAUAUCUGGACUGGUAAAAUCUUGAUGAGGUUCAUAAAAUGAGUUUGGGAAUUGUCUGUAGCUGAAUUCUUGCGGGAAACUGUUUACUUCAUUCAAAAGUUCUUGAGACUCUUGAUAUUUUUGUCUUCUCCUUGUGCUUUCCUAUGGAAAAAAUAUAGUUUGUUAGAUGUAAGUUAUCCAACUAUUUAUUUUGUGUAAUGUAUAAGAAUGCUAAAUAAAAUAUACAAGAUCA